GGGCCGGCUGCGGGCUGAGAAAUGCAGGCAGAAGCGUCGGGGAUCCGCGGAGGGAUCGUGCGGGCGCCGCCGCGGGUACCGCUCGGCCGCGGGGAUUGGCUGUGGUGCUCGCGUGUCACCCGGGGUUGCUAGGCUCCGGGCCGCCCCGCCUCCGCCUUUCCCCGUUUCUGAAGACCUGCUGGGAUGGAACAGGUGUGCCAAAGCUGAGAUAAUAGAAUCCACUCGACGCCAUUGGCCAGUGUCCUGCAAUUUUUGGCUUUAAUAUAAUUGGAAACUGUAAUGAGUAUGACUGUUGGAUUUGUACUACUGUCCCCUCUUUGGGGGAGGACCUUUUUUAUUCUUCUAAUGAUUGCUUCAGCUCAGUCCCACUGGCCCAGUGAACCCUCUGAAGUAGUAAGGGACUGGGAAAAUCAGUUAGAAGCAUCAAUGCAUUCAGUGCUUUCUGAUCUUCGAGAGACUAUCCCAGCUGUUGUGGGCAUUCCAGAUGGCAUAGCUGUGGUAGGUCGCUCAUUUCGACUUGCCAUUCCAACAGAUUUAAUCGCUUCCAAUGGAGAAAUAAUUAAGAUGUCAGAAGCUGGGAAAGAAGUUUUGCCCUCAUGGCUGCACUGGGACCCAGAGAGCCGUAUGCUAGAAGGUCUUCCCCUUGAUACAGACAAAGGUGUACAUUACAUUUCUGUCAAUGCCAUGCACCUGGCACCUAAUGGAAGUUACGUGCCCCAAGCUAUGAAUGUUUUCUCCAUUGAAGUAUAUCCUGAAGAUCACAGUGAGCCACAGUCAGUAAGAGUGGCAUCCCAAGAUGUUAAUGAAGCUGCUCCAUUUGUGUGUGGUGCGGAUGAGCCAGUGACUAUCCUGACUGUAAUUUUGGAUGCUGAUCUCACAAAAAUGACACCAAAGCAGAGGGUCGAGCUCUUAAACAGGAUGAAAAGUUUUUCGGAAGUAGAACUACAUAAUAUGAAACUGGUUCCAGUUGUAAAUAACAGACUCUUUGACAUGUCAGCCUUCAUGGCUGGCCCAGGAAAUGCAAAAAAAGUAGUAGAAAAUGGAGCCUUACUGUCGUGGAAGCUAGGUUGUUCUUUAAACCAAAACAGUGUCCCUAAUAUUAGCAGUGUGGAAACUCCAGCUAAAGAAGGCACAAUGUCUGCUCAGCUUGGCUAUCCUGUUGUAGGCUGGCACAUUGCUAAUAAGAAACCUCAUUUUCCAAAACGGAUAAGGAGACAGAUUAAUGCAACACCCACACCAGUCACUGCCAUUGGACCCCCUACAACUGCUCUCCAAGAACCACCAUCUAGGAUUGUUCCUACACCCACCUCUCCAGCCAUUGCACCUCCUACAGAAACUGUAGCUCCUCCAGUACGAGAUCCUGUCCCUGGAAAACCAGCAGUUACUAUUCGAACACGAGGUGCCAUUGUCCAGACCCCAACCCUAGGACCAAUUCAGCCUACCAGAGUAUCAGAUACAGGUACUACAGUCCCUGGCCAGAUUAGGCCAACAACAAUUCCAGGGUACAUAGAACCCACUGCUGUUGUUACACCUCCUACCACUACUACUAAGAAACCAAGAAUAACUACUUUGAAACCAGCCACGCCUUCAACCACAGACUCCUCAACAGCUACAACCCGAAGGCCUACCAAAAAACCACGAACUUCCAGGCCAGUGCCCAGGGUCACAACCAAAGCACCUCUCACCAGAUUGGAAACGGCUUCCCCACCAACUCGAACCCGGACCACAACAAGUGGCACCACUCGGGGGGGUGAACCCAACAAGCCCCCCUCACUGAAAAACCACAUUGAUAGGGUGGAUGCAUGGGUGGGCACUUACUUUGAGGUGAAAAUCCCCUUGGAUACGUUCUAUGAUGAGGAGGACACGACUACAGAUAAGCUGAAGCUGACUCUGAAGCUCAGGGAGCAGCAGAUGGUAGGGGAGAAGUCCUGGGUCCAAUUUAAUAGCAACAGUCAGCUGAUGUAUGGGCUGCCUGACAGCAGUCACCUGGGCAAGCAUGAGUACUUCAUGCAUGCUACAGAUAAGGGGGGCCUCUCAGCUGUGGAUGCCUUUGAAAUCCACGUACACAAGCGUCCACAGGGAGAUAAGUCUCCAGCCAAAUUUAAGGCAAAAUUCACUGGUGACCCUGCUUCAGUGGUCAAUGACAUUCAUAAAAAAAUCAUGUUGGUUAAGAAACUGGCUCUUGCCUUUGGGGACCGCAACAGCAGUACCAUCACCUUGCAGAAUAUCACAAAGGGCUCCAUUGUGGUCGAGUGGACAAAUAAUACCCUGCCUCUGGAUCCCUGCCCCAAGGAACAGAUCCGAGGGUUGAGCAGGAGAAUCUCAGAGGAUGAUGGAAAACCUCGUCAUGUUUUCUCUAAUACUUUGGAGCCCGAGUUCAAGGCUGUGAGCAUUUCUGUGACAGGAUCAGGCAGCUGUAGACACAUCCAGUUUAUUCCUGUAACAGCAGACAGAAGAAUCCCUUCAGAAGCUCCCCCUACAGUUGUGACUGAGAAAGACCCUGAGAAGAGCAGUGAGGAUGAUGUCUAUCUCCAUACAGUCAUUCCUGCUGUGGUGGUGGCUGCUAUCCUGCUCAUUGCUGGUAUCAUUGCUAUGAUCUGUUACCGAAAGAAAAGGAAAGGAAAGCUCACAAUUGAAGACCAAGCAACUUUCAUCAAAAAAGAGAAUUCUCCAAUGAGUAUUUCUGAUGGCCAGCUUCUGAAAGCACCAAUGGGCACAGAACAUGGAAUGAAUGGAUGGAUGGACUCACAGAUGACACUGGGCUGGGCAUUCCAUCCCUGGUGUACUCUGUUUGCCUUUAACACUAACUGUACUGUUGUUUUGGUUUUUUUCCUUCUAUUCACGUGUGUCUAGCUGCAGGAUGUAACAUGGAAAAAGUAGCCUAAAGAUUAAAAUCAAAGGACUUUCAGAAGUUAAUGUUACAUUUUUACAUUUAAUCUGCUGUUUACCUAAACUUGUAUGUAUAGUUUUUGGGUGGGGCUGUGGGGUGGGGGAGGGGGCCCUGCUUUGCUAAAAAUAAGCUCCCAGGGUGUUUCAAAACUAGUUAGAGAAGACCAAGGGACAGUAUUUUUUAUCAAAGGAAUCCUAUUUUUUCACACAAUGUAAACUUUGUUCCUCGGUUAAGCCAGAGACUGAUUUGGGGCAUCUUUGUGGAUUGUAGGAAGAACUCUGGGCACUUCAUGUGAGUGAGCUCGCAGACCUGCUGACCUAGCCCUUCCCUGACUCUCCCCUGGUACUGGUGCUGGAUAGUCAGAAGUUACUUUACGGGGCCAGACAAUCCUCCCUGUGUGCUCUAGGCAAGCUUUAAGGGGCAUUAGUUGUUGGAUGGAAAUAUAACUAUGAGAGGCAGCAGAGGUGCUGGUGACCUGCUCCUGGUGACCCUGGCGCUUCUGGUGGUGAAAAUAGGCCACCAGGAAGUAAGGCAACUCCUGGAAAUGAUGAGGUAGUUUUAGACCGCAUUGACUUCUUUUUUUCUUUCUUUUCUUUUUUUUCCUUUUUUUUUUUAUCUUAAAGAAAAAUGUGGUUUUUGAAACACUCAGUGGGGGAUGUUUUGGUGAAGAUGCAAUAUUUUUAUGUAGUGUGAUGCUAUUUCCUUACUCUCAAAUUCUUGGCAGUUGUGUUCUGACAGCAUCUCAUUCCUUUGUUCUGGCCCUCCCAUCCCCAGGUUUCUGGACUCCAACAUGCUGAAAGCUGUCUGGUGAUUGGGAAGAAAAGUGCCAGCAAUAUAGUUCAUAGUAAAAAUCGGUGGACUCUCAAAAUCUAAUUUUUUUACUAAAUUUUUGAUACAGUCUCAAAUUGUUUUAUUAUAAAAAAAGAUUAAAAAUGGUAAUGCUUACAGCAGUUUGUAUGAGCUUAGCUUCUUAGGGUUGAUUCCAUGGGACUGAUUGCUUUUCACAUUCUGACUUUUUUCUGUUGUUGUUUUGAUUCUAGAACCAUGUCUGGGUUUCUUGCCUUUUUAGGAUGAACUUAACUUGUCUUUGUCCUGUGACUUGAGGCACUCUGGAGGUGCCUGCUCACUUUCUCUCUCUCUCUCUCUCUCUCUCUCUCUCUCUCUCUCUCUCUCUCUCUCUCUCUCCUUUUAGACUAAAUUGUUUAAGCAUGACCUUCUUGGCCAUUUGAAAGCUAUUUUUGGUACAUUUUAGGGAGGAAAAUCCUUUGCAAUAAUGUUUCCCUUCCUUGAUGGGGGGGUGCGCAGACUCCAGCUCACUUUGCACACCCAACAGACACUUUUAAGCCAUAUUGACUGUUUUGCAAAGUAUGUUUGUGGGCUGCCCCUGAAGGAUGGCUGGGUGGGUCAUUGGCCUUCACCUCUUCGUUUGCCAUGGGGACAUUUUCUACUGUGUUUUUCUUAAAGAGAUUUUUCUGACUGGAAGCUAGUGAUGUUACACCUGUGUUUGAGCUGGGCAGUUCCUAAAUCUGUGUUUAUUAUGUCGCUCACCAACUUAACCCAGUGGGAGCUGUGAGGUUGAUUCCUUGAUCCCCUCACAGGAAAAAGGGACUCUAGGGACCUGGCCCUUCUUCCAGAAGCAUUUUGGAGGCAAAGGAUCUCAUGAAGGGAGCCCAGUAGAUCAAGGCACAUUUUGUGCAGUGUUGGGUCAUAUCUUGAGUGAGCCCUAUGGGCUGGGGAUGUUCCCAGCACAAGAGUUAGGUAGCACACAUGUAGGGGCCAGAUUUGGUCCAGUUACCCAUUGUAGACUCCAGCAGACAUUAUGUGGCCCCUUGCAAAAAUAAAUAACAUUUCAAAAGCCCCAGAGCAAGUUGUUUGAGUGAAAGGCCUUCCAAGUAGCCCCGUUGCCCCAGCAACCCCACCAUUCCAUCCCAGCCAUGCGCAGAUGGGGCAGGCCUGGCUCUACCUGUCACCAUAGAAACUGGAGGCGAAGGGGCAGUGAACAGAAUAAUAAUAAUAAUGCUGUUUCAGCCAACCUCCUUCCCGUUUGCACCAGGGCUGCCUCUUGUCAGCCAUCAGGCACUGUAACGUGGAGAGCAGAUCUUAUUAAAAAGUGUUCACCAACAACUGAUGUGUGUUUAUUUCCUUACAUAUGAUUUUAAGAAGAUGUGUUUUCUGCAUUCUGUAUAGAAACAUAUCAGACUAAAUAAAAACAGUGUACUUUACUAUAA